AUGGUCAACGAGCGGAAACCGCGGCUUUGUAUCAUGGCAAAAGGGGACAGCGGGUAUGGAUUUCACUUGCAUGGCGAGAAAGGGAAAAGCGGACAGUUCAUCCGCAAAGUGGAGCCCGGGUCCCCUGCAGAAGCCUCGGGGCUGCGCGCCGGGGACCGGGUGGUCGCUGUGAACGGAGUUAACGUGGAGAAGGAGACGCACCACCAGGCAAGUAUAUCUAAAUGUGCAUUCAUGUUAGAGGUGGUACAACGGAUAAAGGCAGUAGGGGAUGAGACCAGGCUGCUGGUGGUCGACCAGGAGACCCAUGAUAGUCUGCGCAGCCUGCGUCUCACGGCUACUGAGGAGAUGGCCAUACUCGGGACUGCAGCUCCGAUCUCUUCCUCUCCACCAGCCUCUCCCUCCCCAGCUCCAUCUUCGACCCCCUCCUCCCCUGCCAAGAAGAGGGAGAACGGCUCAGUGUCAAAGCAGAGCAGCCAGGUGCAGAAGCCCACCAGGAGGUCCCCCUCAAAGGCAGCAAAGAAG